CUCGACUCGACUUUGACUUUCGAACAUCACAAACCAACCUCAACUCUCUUCCAUCACUCUCUCUGCCUCGCACGGCAAACAACCGCCAUCAUGGUCUACGUGCGGCAAGAAAAGCUGCCCAACCUCAAGCAGUACAAAUACUCCGGCGUCGACCACUCCCUGUUGUCGCGUUACGUGCUGAAGCCCUUCUACACCCACGUCGUGAUAAAAUGCUUUCCCAUGUGGAUGGCCCCGAAUCUGAUUACCCUCAGUGGUUUCGGGUUCAUCAUUAUCAACAUUUUGACCCUGUUGUGGUAUAAUCCGACGCUGGAUCAGGAUUGUCCGCCGUGGGUGUACGCCAGUUGGGCUGCGGGCUUGUUCCUGUAUCAGACUUUCGAUGCUGUUGAUGGAUCGCAGGCACGACGAACACAUCAGAGCGGACCCCUCGGAGAGCUUUUCGACCAUGGCGUGGAUGCCGUCAAUACCUCCCUUGAAGUCCUCCUCUUUGCAGCUUCGCAGAACCUGGGGAUGGGAUGGAAGACUGUCUUGACUCUGUUUGGAGCACUUCUUACCUUCUACGUACAGACAUGGGACGAAUACCACACGAAGACCCUCACACUCGGGCUGGUCUCCGGACCAGUUGAAGGAAUCGUCAUCAUGGUCAUGGUAUAUGCGUUCACAGCUCUGAAGGGAGGAGCAAGCUUCUGGCAACAGUCGAUGUUGGCAACUCUUGGUGUACCCCACUAUGCUUUCAUCCCGGAAUACAUCUAUCAACUGCCCUUCAAUGAGUGGUACAUGUUCCAAGGUGGCACCAUCCUUGUUUUCAACACCAUUCAAUCAUCCUUGAAUGUCAUCAAAGUCCGCCGAGAGCGCGGCGACAAAUCCCGUGGUGCUCUCCUCGGCCUCGUCCCCUUCUUCGUAACAUGGACGCUUAUCCCAGCCUACCUCUACCUCAACCCGGAGAUUCUGCACAACCAUCUCGUCCCAUUCGUCUUCUUCGCCGGACUCGUGAACGCCUACUCCGUCGGACAGAUGAUCACUGCCCAUCUCGUGAAGCUCGACUUCCCAUACUACAACGUCCUUGUUCUACCAAUCGCGUAUGGAGUUUUUGACUCUUUGGGACCUUUCCUUCGGGAGACCAUUGGUAUUGGAUGGCCAAGUGCUCUUGGUAAUGGUGGAUACCAGGUUGCGUAUGUGUUCUGCAUGUUGGGAAUGGCUAUCGGUAUCUACGGCAGCUUUGUGGUGGAUGUCAUUGUCACCAUCUGUGAUUAUCUCGACAUCUGGUGCCUUACCAUCAAGCACCCAUGGAACGAGGAGGCCGAGGCAAAGAAGGCCAAGUAGACUUACGGAGUGUGUACGAAAGAGAGUGUGUAUGAAGAAGAGAGGGUGGUAGGGUGAGUGUGGAGAUGAUAUGAUACCCCAAGUAAUGAGGAACGAGGGCAGGGUUAUGGAUAAAUGAUACGUGGUAAGAGAAGGCAGAACGUUUUGGGUUUGAGAGUUUUUGGUGUACACUAAAUUGCGUUGUUUGACUAUGAUACGAUUCAUGAAAUCCUCGGUUCUUUCUAGAAGUCAGUAAUGGUUCAGGGCGCGGCGUCUCUUCAUCAAAGCAGACCUUACUAUAUCCUCAUACGUAGUCUUGCAUCAUACGAAGGGUUUGAAAUAAAGAAUCUGGUCUAUAGUACUAGUACGG